AACAGUUCUAAACGGUCUUCUGCUGUGUGGCAGAGAGCAACUUCUCAGCAGUCUGGGUGUGGCGUUUUAAAAAAACUGAAAUAAAUCAGAGACCGCUCAGCGUUAGCUACUUAACGGCGCAUGUUAUUCAAACCCCUCGUCGAUCAGUGGACGGAAUAACCGGGGAUUUUUGCAUUUUCUGACUCAUUCAGUUUCUUGUCGCCGAUUGUCUCAUAUUUCGGUUUGCUGUUCUACUCAAUAUCUGAACACGAGCGUCCGCGUGAUGUAAAAACUCCAGCGUCUGGCUAACGUUAACGUUACUUCAUCUCUCUUGGAAGUCUAAACGUCAACAGAUUCCAGGUGUUGUUCUAAUCUCAGUAUCUCAAAUAUAUGAAUUCAUCUUUUAUCCUAAUCCCAGAACGUCUUUUGAAAGAUUUUUUUCGGACGUUUUGGAUUUAACGUUACUAGUUUCUAAAGGACAUUUCCCCUCCUUGGACUUACGACAGUCUUUUUUCUUCUUUUUUUUUCAAAGCCUAAAGAGGAAGUUAGGCACGGAAGACACUUUAAAAAAACUCCAGACGCUUUGAAAGGUCAAUACCUUUAAGUUUUUUUUUUCUCCUAAAUCUAAACCCAUAAAUCCGUCGCCCUGAAGCGUGCAUUCGGAACCAUGGGCUGCACCGUGAGCCAGGAAGAUAAAGUCGCGGCCGAGCGAUCCAAAAUGAUUGACAGGAAUCUGCGCGAGGACGGAGAGAAAGCAGCCAAAGAAGUGAAACUGCUGUUGUUGGGUGCUGGAGAAUCGGGGAAGAGCACCAUUGUAAAACAGAUGAAGAUUAUCCAUGAGGAUGGCUACUCAGAGGACGAGUGCAAGCAGUAUCGAGCAGUGGUCUACAGUAACACCAUCCAGUCCAUCAUGGCCAUCAUUAAAGCCAUGAGCAACCUCAAGAUCGAAUAUGAGGACAGUGCCAGAGCGGAUGAUGCACGUCAGUUGUUUUCCCUGGCCGGACCGGCAGAGGAACAGGGCAUCCUGCCAGAGGAUCUGUCCAAUGUCGUCACCAGACUGUGGGCUGAUGGAGGGGUACAGAACUGCUUCACCCGCGCCAGAGAGUAUCAGCUCAAUGACUCCGCUGCAUAUUAUCUAAAUGACAUGGAGAGGAUAGCUAAAGCAGACUACAUCCCAACUCAGCAGGACGUGCUGAGGACCAGAGUGAAGACCACUGGCAUCGUAGAGACACAUUUCACCUUCAAAGACCUGCAUUUCAAGAUGUUUGAUGUUGGCGGUCAGCGUUCAGAGAGAAAGAAGUGGAUCCACUGUUUCGAAGGGGUGACGGCCAUUAUCUUCUGUGUGGCCAUGAGCGCGUAUGACCUGGUGCUGGCUGAGGAUGAAGAAAUGAAUCGAAUGCACGAAAGUAUGAAACUCUUCGACAGCAUCUGUAAUAACAAGUGGUUCACCGAGACCUCCAUCAUCCUGUUCCUCAACAAGAAGGAUCUGUUUGAGCAGAAGAUCACACACAGCCCCUUGACCAUCUGCUUCCCUGAGUACACAGGUGACAACAACUACGACAAGGCCGCCGAAUACAUCCGCAUCAAGUUUGAGGACCUGAACAAGAAGAAAGAAACGAAGGAGAUUUACCCUCACUUCACCUGUGCCACAGAUACGAAGAACGUGCAGUUCGUUUUCGACGCUGUCACCGACGUCAUCAUCAAAAACAACCUGAAGGAUUGUGGGCUCUUCUAGAGCACGAAAACAGGAAGAUGAGUUGAGAUUACUUGAACAGUUUUAAUGACCAGAGGAAGUUGGGGUGUUAUACGUCCUGAGCGACUCCUGUUUCCAUACGAUGACUGAUAGCUCAGAGGAGCCCGACACGAUUUCAACGAUUGCCAACGACCUUAGCCUCUGUUCUCCCGCCCUCUCAACACUGUCCCAGCGUUGUAUUUGACAUUUAAUAUCUGUAUUAACUCCUUGGGCUUUGACCACAAAUCACCAACUGUUGUAUUAUGCUUUGUCCAUUUUUGUUUGUCUUCUUUCCUUUUGUUAAUUUGUUUCUUUUGUUCAUUUCAGAGUAAUAGCAGAGGCAACAAAAUGUUUUAUACGAUCCUUUCACUUUUCUCUAGGGAAUAUGAUGUGCAAAUUUUAUUAAACUUUUAAUUGCAUAAUGCUUAUUUUUUUAAAAACCAACAGGUGUUAGAUAUAAGGUAUGAUUGAAAAAGGAAAGCGCUUUUUUAUGAUGUUUACAUGACGACCUUGUUGAUAGAAAAACGGAAAGUUGUCCUGCAUGAUAGAAGAUAGCAAAUAUAUCAAUACAUGUAAUCAGUUCACAUGAGAGUAACAUUCCUUUUUAAGAAUACAUUUGAAUAAGAACAAAAAAAUAAUAAAACAUAAAAAGCACAAAAAAAAUGAGGAAAGAACUGCUGAUAUGUAACUGAUAUUUAAAGUAUGUACAUAGCAGUAUCUAACAGUCUUUUUUCCUUCUCCUUUAUCUUCCCGUUCUUCUUUCUAGUAUUCUGUUUGUGCCUUGACUUUAUUCUCUCCCCAUCUGUCCUGUUCUACUGUUCGUAAACAUUUCUGCUCCAGAAUUUUCACAUGAUCUAAGAAUGAAUAGUAAUUAAUGGAAAUCUAAUUGAAAAGAAAAGG